UUGGAAGAAACAUAGAAAAUUACAAUGAAUGUAUAUUUCAAGAAAAAGAUAACGGGCCAAGAAAUGCUAGACUCAGGCCGUUCAUGGAUAAAACCCUAACCUUUAAUUUCUUUACAUUUCACUUUUUCAGUCUCUCACUUGGAGUCAUCACUUUCUCCCUCACCUUCUCUCCAUUUCCCAGCCCUCCCCUGCUACCCAGUUCAAAUUAAAAGAAAUUAAAGAGAAGAAACAGAGUAAAAAAUGUAUAGAAUUCCAAGACCAGCAACAAGCCUUCUCAAAUCAGUAACCUACCAAUUCGGCCAACGCUGUUCAGUAAGCGGAACAGCGAAAGGAAAAUCAAAAACAAAAGAUGGACAACCGAAGAAAAAGAAUAAAGUGACAACAAAGAAGGGUCCCAAAGGUCAAGACCCAUCUGCCCAAUCACCUUCCCACCAAUCUGCCAAGAACAACUUAUUCGAGCAAUGUCUCAAUGCGCCCACGCCAGUCCGUUUCCUCAAGCCUAAAGAGCAAGCCCGCGAAGCCGAGCGCCAAAAAUUGGGUCUUGAAAGCAAAGAAAGACAACGUGAGAAGGAGAUAAUCAAGAAAGGUGGUAGGCAAGCUAUGGGUGUCCCUGAUGAGCCUUUAAUGAUGGGUACUCCUGGAUUCGACUUGAUUGCGCUUGGUUUAGUGGAUGCAGAAAAAAUACCUAAAUAUGAGUUGAAUGAGGAAGAUGGGAAGCGGUUAGCGAAAGAAUACAGUAGGGUUUUGAUGAGGAAACAUAGGGCUAGACAAGCAGCUGAGUCUACCCUCUUGAGAUUAAAGAAAGAAGCUAUUGAUGCUUUGCCUGAUAAGUUAAAGGAGGCUGCUUUGGUUCCGGACUUGACUCCGUUUCCGGUUAAUAGGUUUAUGGCUACUCUGACUCCUCCUAUUGAGGGUUAUAUUGAGAAAGUGAAGGAGGCGGCUAGGCGCAGCUCAGGGAAAGAGAAGAUUAGAUGAGAUGGAGCUGUCCAACAAGCAGGAGACUGAAUUUGAAGAAUGGUUGUAGUUCAAGCCAAAAGGCAUGUUUUGCAGAUUUAUAGAAGCUUUGAAGUACUGAAGACAAUUGCAAUAAUUUUGUAACAGCUAGGACUGCUCCUGGUGUUUCAGUAUUACAACAAAUUUUGUUGGCAUUUUAUUGUCAUUGCCGAAUUGAUCUGGAUGAGCUAUGAUAUUUUUGCCAAAACUAGGGGAUUAGGUCAUUAGAAUCUUUUAGUAAUAUAAUAUCUAACUGGAGUUGAUUGUUUCGGUAAGAGAAUCAGAAUCCAACUGUAAUUCUUUUGGUGCACUGCUUAGAAGAACCUCAGCUUUUCUAUUUCCAUUAACAGUACAAAUAUACAAUGGAUGUCAUGCCGGUAAAAGCAGGUUUCCAGAUUCUUAUGUUCUGUGAUAA